AUGGAAUACAGAAAGUCUGAUGCAUACCUAAUGAAACUAAGAUACAUGAAGCUGAAAAAAUACUUGAAAGAAAUAGAUGAACGACAAAAAGGAGCUCUUCUGCGGAACCAGACCUUUUUAAAGGAAUUUGACCAAUUUGAAGCUCAUAUGAAAACUUCAAGUUCAGAGAUGAUUCAGAAGAUGGAAGCAUGGUAUGGGAGAGAAAUUAAAAGCGUGUUAUCACUUCAAGAGGGUAACUUGUCAGCAGAAGGUGACAAGGAAGAAGAAUACAAUGAGCAGAUGUCGCAGGUUGGAAGACAGGCAGGAAUCAGCACCGAGACAGCUGUGCCAAGAGGACUGUAUCAUCCAGCAACAGUCUUUAUGGGCUGCCACACAUCAGCAGUCUCAGCCGCUGGAGCUUUGGGCAUGCAACAGAAACCCCCCCAGCCCAUAGAGAGCUGCUCGAUGCCUGACCCGCCUUCGUGCUCUCCAUCACUUGAAGGACUUUGUCCAGAGAGCAGAAGCGCUGAUUUAGAGAGUGAUGCAUCAGUGGAGGGAGCAGCAAGACUCAGGGACCUGGCUGCCAGCAAGGAAGGCUCUGAGCAGCUCGUCUCCUCAGCAUCUGAUCCCAAACCAGCCACCUUUGAGGAGGAACAGCCGUGGGGAAGCAUCCCAGGACCAGAGCCUCACCGAAGUAACAGGCAGACUUGUAAGGAGGUUAGCUGGGAGAGCAGCGUUGAGCUCGCAGUCCCCGCGAGUGCUGAGGAGGUGAUGCCAAGCACUCCCGAUGUUCCACAGGGAACGGCCUCGCCAGCAGCCAGCUGGGAGCCAGGCAGGGAUGCCCGUGCUGCAGAGGGCCCCCCGCUGCAACCACCAAACCCUCCCAUGCUACAGGAGGAGCCCUUGGUCAGCUCAGCACCAGAUGGGCACCAUGGGAUGCUGGUGGGACUUCCCCAUGCGCUGCAGUUGAUAGAAGACGUGGUGGUGAGGAUGAGCCCCCAGCACCGAGCGUUGUACCAGGGAGAGCACAAGGGGAUGAUGGGGACGACGGAGCUGCUCAGCCUUUGUAAUCGGGCCGGCAGUCUGAAAGAAGACGACCUUGAAGCAUGUGAAGCAGUCGUCCUUCAUCAGCUUCGGGUUUUAUUACAGAACACGCUGAAUGGAUGUCUCCUACCUGAGAAAACACUCGAUGCUAAAGGUAGAGCAGUGGAUGAAAAGCAAACCAGGCCAGACCAGCCGUGGGACUUGGGCAUGCUGCAGACUUGCUUGAGCAACCAUGCCUUGUUCUUGAAAAAGCACCAGGUUCAGCUCCCGGAAGAAGUGGCGGAGAUGUUUGAAAGCCUACUGGUUUCCAUCAAUGAGGCGCAGGACGGUCAGGCUCUACUGGUGUUGAGAGAGGUCCUUCCAGAAGAGUGUGGGGAUCGGUCAUCUAUUCAGAGUAAUGAAUCAUCUUACAGCUUGCCAUCAAUCCCAAAUGAUGGUGGGGAAAUAAAGCUGGCAAAACACACUCCCCGGCUCGCCGGCGCGGGAGAACAAGAAGUCACAAGCUGGUGUGAAGAUGAGAGCAAGGAAGAAAGCACGGUCGAAAAGAUUCCUAUUACAGGUUGGGAUAGCGGCAAUAAUAGUUCCAAAGCAAAAGCAAGCCAAGAAAUGCAUUCAGAAACUAGUUCUUCAUCGAAUGAAAGAAGUCCUCUCUUCCCAAGGGCUGAAACCAGGAAGGGAACGGUAACUGCUAUAAAAUCCAAAGCUUUCUGGGGCGAAUCUGAUGACAGCAGCUCCGAGAUUGAGGCUGCUUUGCGCCCACAAACUCACAGCACAGAAGCAGACGAAUUUGAUGACUUCUAUGAUUAA